AUGACUGUGACCGAUACGAUGAUGAUCUUGUCAGGAGAUGAUCAGGAGAAGGUCAUUCCGCGGUGGUUGAGGCCGAUCGCGGGCGCCAAGUUCUUCAGCUCGUGCGAGACUCAUCACUCCAAAGAGCGCAAUUACUACUGUAGAGUCUGCAUGCUCGCUUUCUGCAAAGAUUGCAAGCAGCAACACGAUUGCUCCAAACACGAGAUCUUAACGGCAUAUAAAGCUUCACACCCGGCCUCUUUCAGAAUGGAGGACUUGAAAUCGCUGUGGGAUAUUUCUGGUAUCUGCCCGGGCACUUUCAACGGGUGGCUCGUCGCCUUCAUAUACAAAAAGGGAACUGGAAUAUCUCGCUCCCGCUGUAAGAGUGGCGCCGCGGAGUGUGAAUCCUGCCGGUACGUGCUCAAGUCACCGAGUGCCAAGUAUUGCUCAAUGGAAUGCAAGGAAACGAGCAAGAAAGCAAAAAGAACUGCAAAGAGCUCCAUUUCAUUAGAUUGA